AUGGUGGACUACCGUUUCAAGACGACCCUGUUGGUGUGCUGCAUGAUGCUGGCCGCGAGCGCUCGUUCCGAGACCGCGGUCGCAGAAGAAGACGACAUCAAAGACAUGUCCGCGUACCUGAAGCGGUUCUCCAGCGUCAACAUAGACCAGGUGCUAAGCAACGAACGGGUGAUUAAUAGUCACAUCAAAUGUUUCCUGAACGAGGGUCCGUGCGUCCAACAGUCCAGAGAACUGAAGAGUGGGUGAUAGUAAUAAUAAUAGUAAUAAUAUCCGGGUAACUACGCGAAUAUGAAAAAAAUUGGGCCCGGCUUUUGAAUGCUGCACGCAAUUUUUUAGUUUUUUUUUUUUUCCGGUGGAGGGACGGUAUAACACAACGAUCGCCACAGUACAUAAUACCAUCGUCCGUGUAUCAGAUACUUUAAAAUUAAACGUUUAGUUUGCAAUUUUCACCGUUCUCCCGUUUUUAGAGCAGUAUCCAACAUACUCGUUUAUUUUUUACAGUAAUUUUCGACAAUUUUUUUGGUGCAUUAAAAUCAGAGCUCCGAUAAUAAACUAUAAUAUCAGCUGAUAUACACUGACACGAUUAGGUUGGCUUUUGUUAAGCGAAUUUUGUGUGAAUGAAAAAUAAUCGUUACGGUCCAAUUACUCAAAUAAUCACUUCUAUCCGGUUUACAGACCCGAAAAAUGAUAGUUUUUUACUUUUCUACAAUACAUUAUCAUUAAAUUAUUUCAUUAUAAAUCUUAAAAUUAUUUUUCUGCUUCAGCGUGUUAUUUAUUAUUUAAAAUAUUUGUCUUGGUCUUGUAUAUAGUUACAAUAGGUAUAAUAAUUUUGGAAAAAAGUCUGUGAUGGCACACAAGUAGACGGGAAUCUUGAAAUCAGUAUGAUUAAAUUGAAAAUUCAAAUUCCUACACGUAGCUCACAUUUUAAUUUUAGACUUCUCGAUAUUAUUUUUUUUUUUUUAUUUUGAUUUCUUAAGUUAAAAAAAAAAACAAACAAAAAAAUUCACUGUACUUACUUAAACCAGUCGAACGAGUUCCAGAUAUAUUUAAAAUAAUACGGUUUACAAGGCUAGGAAAGAUAAUGAACAAUAUUAAAUAAUUUAUAUUAUAAAUUAAUUGAAAUAAAAAAAAACACGAGCUAACCAGAGAAAAAUGAAUUUAACAUAAUAUUAAAAAUAAGAUUAAAAUUACCUUCACUUUUUUUUACGUUAGAUGGUGUAAUUAAUUAUUAAUUUUUAAUUUUUUUGAAAAAAAAAAAAAAAAAUGGUGAUCAAUGUUAAACGCAAUGUGCUGGUCUAAAUUGGAUAAUUCAUUCUUAUUUAAAUCUUUGAGUUCUACAUAAUAUUGCUGAGACAAAAAAAAAAAUACCAUUUUUAUACGAAACUCUUCGCGCACAAUAUUGUAAAUUUAAUAUUGCGUUAAAAUUAAAAGUAAUCGACGUUAACUUAACGUGAUAUGGUAAACCAGCUUAAAAGUUAUAAGUUUAAAUUCACUUGGCUUGUUUAUUUUUUAACUCGAUAAUACCUUGACAUUUUAAACAUUUUCAACGUUUAGCUGUUAAAAAUGUAAAAUCAAAAAAAAAAUCGUCGUUUAAUACAAUUACACCAAAUGAAACGGAAUACCAUUCAAUAUGCGUACAAUAACAAUAAGUUGCCUAUAGUCAACACACUAAAACGGCUCGAAAUUUCGUCUAGCAUUUAAUCGUGUAAAUUGAAUAAUGAUAUAAAAAUGUAUACAGAACUUGUCUUCCACACUCGACCAAAUUAAUUUGAAACGCACGUAACAAAAGCUGUAGUGAGUGUUUUUUAAGAUGCAAAAAAAUAACAUGGCAAUUUUAUCUGGAAGACCGUUGUUAUAACGUGACAUAAGGAUUAUUGUGGAAAUAAAUAUUUUUUAUUUAGUUUCGGGAAGGCUAACAUUAUAAGUUUUCAUUGGCGCGACCGUUUUUUUACUGUUUUUUUUUUUUUUAUCCUUAGAAGCCAUUCCGAUCAUCGCCAGAAAAGGCUGUGAAGGUUGCACCGACAGACAAAUAGCGGUCAUUAAAAAGGCGUUGAAUUUCAUACGCACCAAAAAGCCAAUUGAAUGGGAACGACUGGUCAAGGUUUACGACUCUACGGGCACAGGAUUGAAACAAUUCAUCGAGUGA